UAUCCAGAACAUAAUCCAUCACUAGCACAUGAAUGCUCAUUCACAACCCUUAGAUUCCCCGUUUCAAUCCCUUCCAAAUCCGAGUAAUCCCGUCGGAGUCCUUGACAUUUGUAACGUGUCUCACAUAUCCUUCCCAACCCAACCCAACCAGCUGAUUGCUGAUGGCUGUUUGUUGCUAGUCCACUUAAUGUAAACCAUUUGUGUAGUGGUUUUGUGGAUGGUUCCGUUCCAGCUGUUUCGCACAAAUCUUUUAAGCUUGACAUGAAUAAUGACUACCUAUUUCUAACAUAAACAUCUAUCCAAGGAUUCGCUCGCCACCUCUCAAAAGCAAUGGCAUCUUAUUUCCGGAUGACUGCUGACGAGACUGGGCGUUCUAAUUCAGACAAAAUCGGAUUUUGCCAACGACUCGCCAGAAAAAAACAUAUCGAUCCCAAAAAUUUUGGCGCCUCAAAAUUGGACCGCUGUCUGAGCACAUUUGACUUGACCGCAUUAGGAAUUGGUGCCACAUUAGGCGUGGGAAUAUAUGUGCUAUCAGGAUCUGUGGCCAAAGAUGUGGCUGGACCCUCGAUUGUGCUGUCCUUUUUCAUUGCGGGCGUCGCAUCAGCUGUUUCCGGUCUUUGUUAUGCUGAAUUGGGAGCGCGUGUUCCAAAAGCCGGAUCUGCUUAUGUCUACAGUUACACUACUGUGGGCGAGUUUGUGGCUUUUGUCAUCGGAUGGAACCUCAUUUUGGAAUAUGCCAUUGGCACUGCCAGUGUGGCCAGGGCUUAUAGCGGUUAUCUGGACAGCUUGAUGAACAAAUCCAUGCAAACUGCGUUCCGGUAUUAUUUGCCAAUGGAUGUUCCGUUCCUGUCAUCCUAUCCGGAUCUCUGCGCUUUGACCAUCACCCUUUUUCUGAGCGUUCUUCUCUCGGUGGGCGUGAAAGAAUCGACACGCUUCAACAACGUGUUCACUUGUCUCAACCUCAGCCUGGUCGUCGCCGUCACCGUUUUUGGACUGUUCAAGGCCGACAUCCAUAAUUGGAAUUUGCCCAAGCGGGAAAUUGAUGAGGGCGGUUUUUUCCCCUUUGGUGUGGUUGGAACUCUCUCUGGAGCCGCCACCUGCUUCUACGGCUAUGUGGGCUUCGAUGCCAUUGCCACCAGUGGAGAAGAGGCCAAGAACCCGCAAAAGUCAAUUCCUCUGGCGAUUGUUCUCUCCUUGACUUGCAUUUUUAUCGCUUAUUUCGGAGUCUCGUCCGUUUUGACACUAAUGGUACCCUACUAUUUGCAAGAUCCAGAUGCUCCGCUUCCCUUUGCCUUCCAUUUCGUGCACUGGGAGUUUUUUGGCACCAUGAUUUCUUUUGGCGCUCUAUUUGGACUCUCCACGUCAUUGGUUGGCGCCCUCUUUCCACUGCCUCGGGUCUUGUACGCCAUGGCCUCAGAUGGGCUCAUUUUUCGCUCCUUGGCCAAUAUUCAUUCAAAAUAUCAGACCCCUUUACGAGCCACCGUUUGCUCGGGACUCUUUGUGGGCUUGAUGACCACCCUAUUUGACCUGAAGAACCUCGUGGAUAUGAUGUCGAUCGGAACGUUAAUGGCCUACACGAUUGUCUCUGCUUGCGUUAUUCUGCUGAGAUAUCAGGAUAUUCCUGGUCUUGGAUCGUCCCAAGAGUAUAUGCCCUUAGACACCAUUCCGGACACUCAAAACAUUACUUCAAACGGCGCCUUCACCGCUGGCCUCGAUGAUUCUACGGACGACGAAGAGAUCGUGUAUUGCCGAUCCGAAGACAUUGACGAUUUGAACCUGUCCAAACCGAAAGGCUCCCCUGUCAACCUCAAUCUGUUCCAAUCUUUGUUGAACUCCAACCAGCAGCCCAUCCCCGAUGAAGUUUCUUCCGCUCUGGCCAGCCACUUAACUGUGAUCUUCUCUGUAUUGUCGGCCAUAACGGCCUUUUUGUGCAGCCAUGCCAACUUUUCCAGCGUUUUCGUUAUGCUCACUUUUGGUCUUUUGACCUUUCUGCUGAUCACUUGCCUCAUUUGUUUGAGCCUUCAACCAAAGACGUCCCAAGUAUUAUCCUUCAAGGUUCCCUUGGUACCCUAUCUCCCGGGAGCGUCGAUCUUUAUCAAUAUGUACCUGAUGCUAAAGCUGCCCUUUGAGACUUGGAUCCGAUUAGGUGUGUGGAUGACCAUCGGAUUUCUGAUCUACUUUAGCUACGGCCUCCGGGAAUCCACCGAAGAGUAUCGAAUGAAAGGUCAGAAACCCAGAGAUGGAUAAAGCUUUGUUAUAUGUCGAAAUGCUUUGUUAUACCCUAAAUAUAUUUUAUGUGUUUUCAAUUCCGUCAUUAAGCCA